AUGAGGUUCGUACGAGCGAUGAGCCUGCUGGCCGCCGCCGGCCAGUCCUGGCUCGCAGCCGCGCUGCCUCAGUUCCCAGACAACCCCGUCUGCCCUGCCGGCAUCACGUCCGUUGAAGUGCAGCCGGUGCAGUUGAUCGUCAAGCAGCCCAUCUACAUCAGCGCCUACCUGCCUGUCAACACCACAUUGGUGCUUGGCGAUGGCAUCACCCUCACAAUCACCAAUGCACCCGUGACCUUGGUCACCGAAAUCGACAAGCUGGGAACCACGAAUUCCCAGGCUACUAGAAUCCUGCAACAAGUCAACUCCUCUCCCAACGCCUACGUGACCAUCACCAGGGGUGGCCAUUCUGGCUCUGUGGCGAGCACAAUCACAGUAUACCCCACGGCCCCGGACGGCAUCGGGACGUACUUGGUCUACACCCCUUUCGGUGCUACAGCGCCCACGGCUGGUGGUAAUGUAGGAUCGCCGGCGGCCACCUUCACUGGCGGAAUCCCAGGCGCCAGUCCAUCCUCGAUCCGUUUGACUGCCCCUCCAACAGGCUCCAGUGCCGGCUCAUUCCCGCAACUAUUCACCGGACCGGCGACGACAGUCAGGGUCGGUGGUGCUCAAGGAGUGCCCAGGAACUUUACCGUCGUGGACUCGGCCAGGUCUCAAGCCACAGUCUAUGAACAGGGUUUCGACAGUUUCACCAUCACGGUAACUGGGCCCGAGAACAUCAUCACCGUCUUGGGCAACGUCGGUGUGAAUCCCGACAUCAUCACUUUGCCCAACGUGCGACAGACCGCCAGCGGCGCGCAGGGAUUGCAGAUCAUCCAGGCUUCCGGAGCCCCCCAGGUCUUCCCCGCCAGGCUGGAGACUAUCACCAUCGGCAACGCGAACGGCCAGGCGGGAACCUUUACCAUUCUCCCUACUUCUGGGGGUGUCGGCACGGUGGUCAUCCAGACACCCGGCCCGGCUGGUCCUGCAGCAUUCGCCGUCACGCUGACUAUUCCUCCCACCGGCACCGAGCAGUUUGGCCGUGUCUUCGUCCAGCUCGCCGCCACCCCAUUCACCGGCCCGUUCACGACCAUCACCACGGGCGGAAACACGGGAACCAUCCCGGUCACUCUUACGGUUGUGCCCGCCGGCAACCCGACGCUGGGAACCGUCAUUGUCCAAACCGCGUCUCAGGUGGCCCAGCCACGCGUUCUCAACACAGUGACCGCGCUCCCUGUCCCUGGCGAUGGCGCGACGGCGACUUUGCCGCCGUUCGACGCCGCCGCAGAGACCGGUUUCGUUCUCGUUGCCCCGGGCCUCGGCGGAGAUGACCCGGCGACGAGCCAGCCUGCCGCCCUGUCGGCCAACCGUGUUCUUAUCCAAGGCGAGUUCGACGGGGCGGAUCCUCUGACUGUGACACUGCCGUCUCAGGGAGACAACUCGGCUGCCACCGUUGUCGAGCAGCGGCCCGCCGGCUUCAACUCGGUUGCCGGCGGGGCUCCCGCCGCAACUCCGGCGGCCUCUCCGGCCCCGAACACAGUUCCCAAUCCUGCUGGCAACCCGGCCGGCACGAACCCAGCCGUCAACCCGGCUGCCACGAACCCAGUCGUUAACCCGGCCACCAAUGCUGCAGGUGCACCGGGUGCAGCGGGUACUAACCCGGCGCCCCAACGGGCCCUUCCACCACUCACCAGUGGAUUCUCCGGAUCUGUGCCUACCACCAUCACCUUGCCACCGUCCGGAACCCAGUCACUCGGCCAGGUCUUGGUAUUGACCCCCACGAACCAACCCGUUGUUCCUGGCCCUGCUGGCGCCGGUGGUGCCGCACCGGCUGCCGCUCAGCCCGCCAACACCAUCACAGCUGGUUUCCCGGGAUCGCAAGCCACGACAGUGACUAUCCAGCCCACGAACGGCGCUGGAGGCGCCCCUGCGGUCUUGGUGUUGACGCCGAGCUCCGCAGGUUCGGCUGCGACGGGUCCUCCCCAGGGUGCUCUGCCUGUUUCUUUCACUACCCUCACUGGGUCGUUUGCAGGCGCAACGCCCGCCACUCUGACUAUCCCUCCUGCGGGGACGAACACGUUCCGGGACAGCAGACCCAGGUCCCAGGACAGCAACGCCCAAUUCCGGGACAGCAGAGCCAGGUCCCAGGACAGCAGAGUCCAGUUCCAGGACGGCAAAGCCCAGUUCCAGGACAGCAACGCCCAAUUCCAGGACAGCAGAGCCAGGUCCCAGGACAGCAGAGCCCAGUUCCGGGACAGCAGAGCCCAGUUCCGGGACAGCAACGCCCAGUUCCAGUUCCGGGACAGCAACGCCCAGUUCCAGGUCAGCAGAGCCAGGUCCCAGGACAGCAGAGCCCAGUUCCAGGACAGCAGAGUCCAGUUCCGGGACAGCAACGCCCAAUUCCAGGUCAGCAGAGCCAGGUCCCAGGACAGCAGAGCCCAGUUCCGGGACAGCAGAGCCCAGUUCCGGGACAGCAACGCCCAGUUCCGGGUCAGCAGAGCCAGGUCCCAGGACAGCAGAGCCCAGUUCUGGGACAGCAGAGUCCAGUUCCGGGACAGCAACGCCCAAUUCCAGGGUUCUGGCCCGGCAGUUCCGCAACAGAGCGGCGGCGCCGGCGGCGUGCAGCAGAACCCGGCACCCGGGGCGGCCGGUACUAACACUGUAGGAACGGUACUCGUACAGGUCCCCUCUUCCCUCUUCACGCCUUCGCCGUCAGGAGGCGAUGCUGACCGCGGGGCAAACCCUGACAUCGUCAGCAACGCACUCGGCGGCCUUCCCCUCGUCAGCAUCCCACCCGGAGGCCUUCCCAUCAUCAGCAUCCCACCCAUAAGCAUCGGCAUCCCGGGCCUUACCAUCUUCCCCAGCGGCAACCCGCCUCUAGGCCUGUCCGCUAUCACCGUGACUCAAGGAGGGCCGGUGGCGACCACCCAGACUUUCCUCCCCACCGGCACCAACUCUGUGGGCAUUGUGGUCAUCCAGACGCCAACCACCGGUCUGCCUGGCGCUUCGAACGCCGCUCAGUUCACAACAGUUGUGCAGGGUUACUCCGGCUCCGUGCCGACGACGACGACCCUGCCGCCAACAGGAUCCAACUCCCUCGGCAUCGUGCUGAUUCAGACACCGACGGCCCAGGUCAACAUCAUCCAGACCACUACUAUCGGCUUCACCGGAACGGCUCCCACCACUAUCACCGUGCUGCCCUCCGGAGGUGGCUCCGGCAUUGUGGUUGUCCAAACUCCCUUCCCGACCCCCACGGAAUCGCCCUCGACUCCAGCGAGCGUCUUUACAACCAUCCAACAGGGUUUCACCGGCGCCGUGCCGACCACUAUCACGCUCCAGCCCAUCGGAACCGACACGGUUGGUACCGUUAUCGUCCAGACGCCUCUCUUCUCCGGAGGCGCAGUCCAGCCAACCUCUGCCGGUGGCGCUGGCACGACCGCAGUGCCCAACAUCUUCGUCACAAUCUCCACCGGAGGCCCCGUGGCAGCGACUUCUACGAUCCUGCCCACUGGCACCAACUCCGCCGGAAUCGUGCUGAUCCAGACCCCGACGACGGGACCGGCGGCCACCGCUGCCCCUAGCGUCCCGAGCGACUUCGUUCUUACAACAGUUGUUGGCACCGGUUCCGUGCCAACCACGGUGACGAUUCCUCCGUCGGGUACCAACCCGGGCACCGUCAUUGUCCAACAGCCUGUCGUUACCCAGCCUCAGGUUCAAGUGCCAAGUAGCAAUCCGGGCACCGUCAUUGUCCAACAGCCUGCCGUUACCCAGCCUCAGGUUCAAGUGCCAAGUGGUUUCGUUCUUACAACAGUUGCUAGCACUGGUUCAGUGCCAACCACUGUGACAAUUCCCCCGUCGGGUACCAACCCGGGCAGUGUCAUUGUCCAACAGCCUGCCGUUACCCAGCCCCAGGUCCAAGUGCCAAGCGGUUUCGUUCUCACGACUAUUGUUGGAACUGGCUCUAUUCCUGCUACAGUCACGAUCCCGCCAUCUGGAUCCAAUCCAGGCAGUGUCAUUGUGCAACAGCCUGCCACAGGCCUGCCACAAGUCCAAGUUCCUAGUGGGUUUGUCCUGACUACAGUUGCUGGAACUGGCUCUGUCCCUACUACCGUCACGAUCCCGCCAUCGGGCACCAACCCAGGCAGUGUCAUUGUUCAACAACCUGCAACAACACAGCCGCAAGUCCAAGUGCCAAGUGACUUUAUUCUCACCACGGUUGCUGGGACCGGAUCAGUGCCCACAACCAUCACGAUCCCGCCGUCUGGAUCCAACCCAGGCAGCGUUAUCGUUCAGCAGCCUGCGACAACACAGCCGCAAGUCCAAGUGCCAAGUGACUUCGUUCUUACGACGGUUGCUGGAACUGGCUCAGUGCCCAUUACUGUCACAAUCCCGCCAUCGGGCACCAACCCGGGCAGCGUCAUCGUUCAGCAGCCUGCGACAACCCAACCGCAAGUCCAAGUUCCUAGUGGAUUUGUCCUUACCACAGUUAUUGGAACUGGAUCAUUCAAGAGCCUGCCACAACCCAGGCUCAAGGACAAGUCCAAGUUCCCAGUGGUUUUGUUCUUACAACAGUUGUUGGAACUGGCUCUCUGCCUACUACCGUCACAAUUCCUCCAUCUGGGUCUAACCCGGGAAGUGUGGUUGUUCAACAACCUGCCACGACCCAGGGUCAAGGGCAGGUCCAAGUUCCUACCCCAGGUUCCCAGUAGCUUCGUUUUUACAACGGUUACUGGGACCGGCUCUGUGCCUGCUACCGUCACGAUCCCCCCGUCUGGAUCUAACCCGGGCACUGUGAUUGUUCAAGAGCCCGCCGCAACCCAGACUCAAGGACAAGUUCAAGUUCCUAGUAGCUUCGUUUUCACAACGGUUACCGGGACCGGCUCCGUGCCUGCUACCGUCACGAUCCCCCCGUCUGGAUCCAACCCGGGCACUGUGAUUGUUCAAGAGCCCGCCAUUACCCAAUCCUCGCCUCUCUUGUCCAUCGGCUUCAACAUCGUCACCACCGGAUACUCAGGCUCGGUGCCCACGACGACUACUAUCUUCCCUACUGGUACUGAGAGUAUUGGCACCGUCCUGAUCCAGACCCCGACCAGUUCUGCCGCUGCUGGUGUUGUUCCUGCUCUUACCCGCACAGAGGGCUAUGAUGGAAGCAUUACGCGUACGACUACGUUGGCACCGACCGGGUUGCAGACGGUCGGUGACGUUCUCGUCCAGACGCCGACAGUGGGAGCUGGCGCAUCCAGCGCUCUGGCUAACCAGGUCAUCUUGACGAGUGGCUUCGCCGGUUCUGCCAUAUCCACACUCACCCUUACGCCCUCGGCGUUCGUCACCUUGACGUCGGGAUACCCCGGCUCUAUCACAAACACCGUGACCAUCCCGCCGAGCAGCGGAAACCCCACGGGCACGAUCCUUAUUCAGACGCCUUUCUCCCUUGGUCAGAGCACAACCAACACCGUCUCGGCGACGUCGUUCGUCACUACCACUAUUCCUGGAUCGGUGCUUACCACUUUCACUCUCCCACCCGCAAGCACCGAUCCCAACGGUGUGGCGACAGUCAUUGUCCAAGAUCCCUCCGCCGCCGUUGCUCCGGCUUCGGUCGUCACCCGCACUACGGGUUUCUUCGGUUCUGUAUUGGCGACGACGACUUUGGCACCCGCAUUCAGCGGAGAUCCUACGACGGUCCUUAUCCAGACGCCGUUCCCUACGUCUGGCGUGGCCUUUGUCACCACCACCGUGGGCUACACGGGCUCUGUGCCAACCACCGUCACCAUCUUCCCUUCGGGAACGAGCAGCGUCGGCGCCGUCAUUGUCCAGACGCCUCAGUCAGACCUCCUCGCGCCCACCAGCGCUCCGACAGCCCCUACUCUUUCUUUCAUCACCGUCUCUACCGGUUACGGGGGUGUCGGAACGCAGACCACUACUGUCCUGCCAACAGGCACCAACAGCGUUGGUCUCGUUCUCAUCCAGACUCCUACCGAGUCUGGCCGUGUGGUGGCGUCUGUCACCGGCUACAUCACAGUCACAUCGCCGUACUCUGGCGUCGUUACUCGCACGACUACGUUGCCUCAGAGCGGCACUGAGGCUCUUGGUGUUGUCCUUGUCGAGGUUCCUACCCAGGCAGGCAUCUCAUCAGCCCAGGGUUCUUCCGCACCAGCCCCGCACAGCAUCAGUCGGCAUUGUCAUCAUUCAGACACCCACGGCAUCUGCUUCGACGACCCCUGCUCCCAGCGGCGCCAGCUUCGUCACGACUACUUUACUCUGGGACUCCACGGGAGCAACAACAUCGACUGA